CCGAAGAAGACCGCAAAUCAAAAUGGCGAACGCUGUUGCAAUGGGGGGAAAUUCAACAUUGAGCCACAAACAGCGGCGCGCUGCAUUUAAGAAAGAACGGAGAAAAAGAAAACGUCAAGCCCUUGCAAAACUCAGAGAUUCGGAAGAGGACAGAGAGAACCAUGUAUCAGAAGAUGGUGAUGGUGGUGAUAGUGAUGAGGAAGAGGAGGAGAGGAAGACUGAGGAGGAAAGACAGCGCCUUCACCUGGAGUGGCUGGAGCGGGAGCAAAUCGCUCAGGAGGAAUUCAAGCUGAAAAUGGAGAGAGAGGAGGCAGCACGAAAGAAGAAAGAGGAGGAGGAGAAAAGAAUAAAGGAGGAAUGGGAGGAGCAGCAGAGAAAAGAGCAGGAAGAGAGGGAGCAGAAGCAGCAGGAGAAGAUUGACAGAGAGGAAGCAGUACAGAAAAUGUUGGACCAAGCUGAAAGCCAGCUUGAGAAUAGUGGUCCAUGGAAAAACCCUGAGGCCCCAGAGGAUUAUGGGACAGAGAAAGACAGGGCAAACUGCCCUUUCUUCCUCAAAACUGGAUCCUGCAGAUUUGGGGACAGGUGCUCCCGUAAGCACGUCCACCCCACCUCCAGUAGCACGCUGAUGGUCCGCGGGAUGUUUGUGACCUUCAGCAUGGAGCAGAGCCGGCGCGACGACUACGACACAGACGCCAGCCUGGAGUACAGCGAGGAGGAGGUGCACCAGCAGUUCCUGGACUUCUACCAAGAUGUGCUACCAGAGUUCAGGAGUGUAGGGAAGGUGGUGCAGUUCAAGGUUAGCUGCAACUUUGAGCCUCACUUGAGGGGAAAUGUAUACGUCCAGUAUGAAACGGAGCAGCAGUGCAGAGAGGCCUUCAUAACAUUUAAUGGUCGAUGGUACGCAGGGAGACAGCUUCAGUGCGAGUUCUCCCCUGUCACCAGGUGGAAGACUGCAAUAUGUGGGCUAUAUGACAGGAAGAAGUGUCCCAAAGGGAAGCACUGUAACUUCCUGCAUGUGUACAGAAACCCCGGCGGGGAGUUCUGGGAGGCUGACCGGGACCUGCAUUUGUCCCCUGAUCGGGGCGGUACUUUCAGAGGCCAGUAUUCAGAGUGCUACUCGGAGCGCAGAGACUGGUCCCAGAGGCACCGCAGCUACAGUCCACAGGCUGUCCAGGGGAGGCGAAGGGUGAGGAGGAGCCGGAGCCGGGAAAGGAGGAGCAGGGAAAGGAGGAGCCGGAGCCGGGAAAGGAGGCGCCGGAGCCGGGAGAGGCGGAGCCGGAGCUGGGAAAGGAAGAGCCGGAGCCAGGAGAGGCGGAGCCGUGAGAGGAGGAGCCGGAGCCAGGAUAGGCGGAGCCGGAGCCGGGAAAGGAGGAGCCGGAGCCAGGAGAGGCGGAGCCGUGAGAAGAGGAGCCGGAGCCGGGAGAGGAGGAGCCGGAGCCGUGAGAGGAGGAGCCGGAGUCGGGAGAGGCGGAGCCGGAGCCGAGAAAGGAGGAGUCGGAGCCAGAGCAGAGAGGGCAGGAGGCAGGUCAGUGUCCAAGGAAAGAGAUCUGGGUACAGGGAGAGGCAGAGGUCAAGAGGCAGGAGUCAUUCCCCAUCCAGGAACAGGGAUGGAGGUCGAGAUGGAGAGAGCAAAGGAAGGAGUAGAUCACCCAGGGAGGUGAAAGAGAGAUCUUCAAGGAGGUCACAGACCCCCAGAAGAAAAGGGGGAUCAAGAAACAAAGAACCUUCUAACAAAAGGCGCAGGAGGAGUGAGACAAACAGCCCAAAGAAGCAGGACAAAACAGCAAACGCCUCCGACAGCAGCCCUGCUCACCACCAUCACAAGCACUCCAAAAAGAAGAAGAAGAAAGCCAAGAAAAAGAAGAGCAAGAGCAAGAGGAGUAAAUCGCCCAGCAGUUGUUUGUCAGGAGAUUCAAGUAAAGAAUCUGCAGAAGAGGCAGAGGGAAACCGGUCUCCUAGCCCUGAGAGUGCAGACAACACACAGACCUGCCAGGGGAACCUCACACCACCGGCACCGCACCUCCGUCAGGACCCCCCUCAGGAGACAGUGCAGCCACAGCCCCAGGAGACGACGGAUACAUCAGCAGAGGCAGGGACACAGUGGGCAGAGGCAAGCGUGGAGCAGAACAACACUGCUGACCCUGAACAUUAA